CGCCGGCUCGUGGUGUUCGGUAAGUAUUCAAACGCCAAAAGCCAGUGAGUGAGGAAGAGCUCUAUCGCAAGCGCCUAGCCAAGAACAUAAAACAAGAGUGUGUCAUUGAAGGUUUUUCCUAAUCAGUGAAGAAAGCAGUGAAAGAAAAUUUAAAAAGUUGUGAAUUAAGUGAUAGUUAUCUUUGCCAGUGGUACAACAAAAAUCAGUCAAAAUGCCGGAAGCCGAAGUUGAGACCUUUGCGUUCCAGGCUGAGAUCGCUCAGCUGAUGUCGCUGAUCAUCAACACCUUCUACUCGAACAAGGAAAUCUUCCUGCGUGAGUUGAUCUCCAACUCUUCCGAUGCGCUGGAUAAGAUCCGCUACGAGUCGCUGACCGAGCCCUCGAAGCUAGACAGCGGCAAGGAGCUGUUCAUCAAGAUCAUCCCGAACAAGGAAGCCGGCACACUGACCCUCAUCGAUACCGGUAUCGGUAUGACCAAGGCCGAUUUGGUCAACAAUCUCGGUACGAUUGCCAAGUCCGGCACGAAGGCUUUCAUGGAAGCCCUGCAGGCUGGUGCCGACAUCAGUAUGAUCGGUCAGUUCGGUGUGGGUUUCUACUCUGCUUACCUGGUGGCCGAUAAGGUGGUCGUUUACUCCAAGAACAACGAUGACGAACAGUACGUGUGGGAAUCUUCGGCCGGAGGUUCGUUCACAGUUCGCUCCGACCCUGGCGAGCCAUUGGGCCGUGGUACCAAGAUUGUUCUACACAUCAAGGAAGAUCAACUUGAGUAUCUGGAGGAGAGCAAGAUCAAGUCCAUUGUCAACAAGCACUCGCAGUUCAUUGGCUACCCGAUCAAGCUGCUGGUGGAGAAGGAACGUGAGAAGGAAGUCAGCGAUGAUGAAGCCGAAGAAGAAAAGAAGGAGGAGGAGAAGAAAGAUGAUGAGCCAAAGAUCGAAGAUGUUGAGGACGACGAAGAGAAGAAGGACAAGAAGAAGAAGACCGUCAAGGUGAAAUACACCGAAGAUGAGGAGCUUAACAAGACCAAGCCUAUCUGGACCCGUAAUGCUGACGACAUCUCCCAGGAGGAAUACGGAGAGUUCUACAAGUCGCUUUCCAACGAUUGGGAAGAUCAUCUGGCCGUUAAGCACUUCUCCGUUGAAGGUCAGCUGGACUUCCGUGCGCUUCUGUUCGUUCCUCGUCGUAUGCCCUUCGAUUUGUUUGAAAACAAGAAGAAAAAGAACAACAUCAAGCUGUACGUGCGACGAGUAUUUAUUAUGGACAACUGCGAAGAAAUCAUCCCAGACUACCUGAACUUCAUCAAGGGUGUCGUCGAUUCGGAAGAUCUUCCUCUGAACAUUUCCCGUGAGAUGUUGCAGCAAAACAAGAUCUUGAAGGUCAUCCGCAAAAACUUGGUCAAGAAAUGUCUGGAGCUGUUCGAAGAACUCGCCGAAGACAAGGAAACGUACAAGAAGUUCUACGAUCAGUUCAGCAAGAAUCUGAAGCUCGGAAUCCACGAAGACAGCCAGAACCGUCAGAAGUUGGCCGAUCUUAUGCGUUUCAACACUUCGGCCUCGGGUGAUGAGUACUGUUCAUUGGCUGAAUACGUCAGCCGUAUGAAGGAGAAUCAGAAACACAUCUACUUCAUCACCGGCGAAAGCAUCGACCAGGUCAAGAACUCUGCCUUCGUUGAGCGUGUCAAGAAGCGAGGAUUUGAAGUUGUGUACAUGACUGAAGCCAUCGAUGAGUAUGUCAUCCAGCAGCUGAAGGAAUACCAGGGCAAACAGCUGGUAUCCGUCACCAAGGAAGGUUUGGAGCUGCCAGAAGACGAAGAAGAAAAGAAGAAACGGGAGGAAGACAAGGCCAAGUUCGAGAACUUGUGCAAGGUCAUGAAGCAGGUCCUGGACAACAAAGUCGAAAAAGUUGUCGUUUCCAACCGUCUGGUCGAUUCGCCAUGCUGUAUCGUUACGUCGCAGUAUGGCUGGUCCGCUAACAUGGAACGUAUCAUGAAGGCUCAGGCCCUCCGUGAUUCGUCUGCCAUGGGCUACAUGGCCGGAAAGAAGCACCUGGAAAUCAACCCGGAUCAUUCCAUCGUCGAAACUCUGCGUGUGCGUGCCGAUGCUGACAAGAACGACAAAGCCGUUAAGGAUCUGGUCAUUCUGCUAUUCGAGACCGCCCUGCUGUCGUCUGGCUUCUCUCUGGAUGAACCUGGAGUACACGCUUCCCGCAUCUACCGUAUGAUCAAGCUGGGUCUCGGAAUCGACGAAGACGAGAGCAUGAACACGGAAGAAUCCGCCCCGGCCGCUGGAGGUGAUGCCCCACCCCUAGUGGAUGACUCCGAGGAUGCCUCGCACAUGGAGGAAGUCGAUUAAGUUCUCGAAAAGCCUUGAAUGAUAUUUUAAGUAGCGCUAAAUAAGCCAGGUUUUUACUUAUUUUCGGUCGUAUGAAUGUGACGCAUUUUUUGUUUGCCACGUGAUUGGAGUUUGAGUGAAUUUGUCGGGUUUUAAUUUUACGCGGGUCUCGUAUAGAUAACAACCUUUUUGAGUUUAACCCGCGUUCUAGCGGUUUACCGUUCAGUAAGACGCUUAAAGUAGUAGUCAUUAACGUUUUUGUGAAACUAAGCCAAUCUUGUCUUGUUUCCAGAAAUAACUUACACAUUCUGAACUGAAUACCUACAUGUAAUAGACAAAGUUAAAAAAUUCAAAUGCACUUAAAAUCGGUGUAAAUAAAUAAACUUGUUUAAAAAAA